UCGUAUAAGCUAAAACCCUUCCUUAAUCUACUUCAUCUAAGAUCUUCGACGAAACACUCUGAUCAGAUCAGUCAAUCUUCCAAAUCAAAGUUUCCAGGUCAAAUGAAGAAGGGAUUGAUAUGGGCAACAGCCGACGACUUAGCGAGAAACCGAGGGAAAGUAAUCUCGUUGUACCGAGAAAUACUUCGGAGCCUGAACUCGCCUAAACUGGAACUGAAUUUAGCAGCGAGGUUGGCGAAGAAAGCAGAGGCGCGCGCCAUCUUUAUGCUGGGUUCUGAAGAGCGCUCGGUUCAUAACAUUGAAGACCUCAUCGAGGCAGCUGAAUACUCUCUCACGCUUUUGAAACAAGGCAAAAUCCCCAAACUCGUUCAAUAA